UUGUAGUCUAGUUGGUCAGGAUAUUCGGCUCUCACCCGAAAGACCCGGGUUCAAGUCCCGGCAACGGAAUUAUCUUUUUAUGUAUUAUGUCAAACUACGUCGUAUAAUGUUGGACAGUUUAUCUCUGAAUUUUUUUAUAGUACUUGGAAAAUCUGCAAACGACGCGUCGCAUCGCUCCUUUGAUCCACUGUUCUUCUAUAUCCCCGUCACUGUGUAACAAUUUCAAUCUGCUAAAAUUAGGGUUUUGGCGGUAUAAUCUGAUUCGACUUUGUUUCCUUGUAUGGUAUAAUCAGAUGGCUUCUACGGAUGAUGUAGUUGUAGAAGGCUCCUUUUCUUCUGUUCUUAUUGAUUCCUUGAAAUUGAGCAGUGGAGAAGUUCUUUCUGCUGAAGAACUAGCAUGGGUUGAUUCUUGUCUUGUUAGUGAUCCAAAUACUUCAGAUGAUGAUUGGAGUUCUGUGAAAGAUGCGUUGAUAGAAAUCCUCGGUUUGCAACCUGAUUCACAUAACACGGCUGUAAUUGCCAGUAGUGAUGAUAGUUUAUUUGUAGGAACUGACGUUGAGAUGCUUCCAUCUACGGAAACUAGAAUCGUUGAGUUCCGUGAAAGAACUAAUGACGAUUUUGUCUCUGUCGAAACCAAUAUUGUGACGGAAGAAAGAAAUUAUGAUUUUCCGAGUAAGGAGGAGACUAGCAUUUCGCUAACCGAACAUUUACAGGGAGAUAACACAAAAAGUCCUCUAAGAAAUGUUUUUCUGCCGAAUUACAAGUACGAGGAAGAGGACGUGGGUGAAUUUGUUGAUUCAGGAUCUGGUAUUGGUUAUUCAACGCCAGAGCAAUCGAAACAGGAUAUCUUCAAGGUCUGGGAUUUGGAACUUCAAUCAGAGGAAGAUGAGCUUGUUAACCUGUGGAACAAAGCCCUCUCGGGUGGUUCUGUUAAAUCGGUGCCGCUACUGGCUGAUGAUUCAGGGGCAUGGAAAGAUUUGAAAGCUGAAUCAGUUGAUGACUUAAUCUCCAGCAUUUCAGACUUGUCUUUGAAGUAGCAUUCUGAAUAGAUAACAUUGUACACAUUACAGUCUUAAUCUUCAAACUUGGGUACUGUCUGAGUCUUAGUAAUACUGAGGUAACAGAAUGUUGUAACUCCAAAUUGAAGGCCAUAUAAUUAUCAUCCUUGUGAAGUUAGGUUAAAA